GCUAUCCGUAGUGUGUUGGUUCGGUUGCUAUGCAACGACUCCGUCUCAGAGGUCGUUCAGCGCCAUUCGCUGUACACAGCCGCAUUCCAACUGGUUCUAUUUUUAGCUCGUACUCAGGAGUUUGCGGCCAUCUUAUUGGUCGACGAGAACGGCCUGAUAGACCCAGGAUCUAUGCAAUGCCUCGCAUACUUUGUGCACGAGUUGUACAAACAGGUGGUGUUCCUACAGACUAAGGGACACAUUCCCAAAGACACAAAGCCCAUGACUGCCUUAAUAGAAGAGCUGUACGCGCAAACAACAGCCCUCAUACCUACUAAGCCAAAGAAAGACACGCACAAGCAUGGAAUGACAUUGGUGAUGCCUAUAACCAGUGCCACACGUACGGAUGAUAAGAGGGUGAAUAAGCCAGGUGAGGGUACAC